UACACCAUGUGCUUACAAAAACAAGCGCUUGACCGCUCACAGACAGUCCAUCUGCGGCGCCAUCUUCUUCUUCUUUUUCUCCGUCUUCUAGCGUUCAUCAGGGAAGAAGAAGAAGAAGAAGAAGAAGAGGAAAGGGGAGACGGGAGGCGAUCGGCGGAAUACAGAGGGCAGCCGCAGAGAGUCAACGAUGAGCGGAGCCAAAGCCCGCAGCGACGCGCCUGUUGCUGAAAACGUCCCCGGCGGCGGUCACAGCUCUGCGGCUCCUCAGCGGGACCGCAAGCCCGGCGGAGGGGUUCUGAAGAGGCUCAAGUCCCGGAGGAGCCAGGUGGACAGCAGGCCCGUCACGGAGGAAGACUUGCGGACACAGAGUGGACACAUCGCACCGGAGGAUGUGCUAGGACUGCGGGUGGCCACGCGAGGGUACCUCUGUAAACCUGAGGACAAUAUUUAUAACAUCGACUUUGUACGCUUUAAGAUCAGAGACCUGGAGACCGCCACCAUCCUGUUUGAGAUUGCCAAACCCCCACAUACAGACGACGAUGAGGAGAACAGAGAGGCGGACACCAGCGCAGGCCGAUUUGUACGCUACCAGUUCACCCCAGCCUUCCUGCGACUGAGGACCGUGGGAGCAACGGUGGAAUUCACAGUUGGAAACCGGCCUCUAAACAACUUCCGCAUGAUCGAGAGGCAUUACUUCCGCGAUCACCUGCUGAAGAGCUUCGACUUUGACUUUGGCUUCUGUAUCCCAAACAGCCGUAACACCUGUGAGCACAUCUAUGAGUUCCCUCAGCUGUCUGAGAGCCUGGUCCGUCAGAUGGUGGAGUGUCCUUAUGAGACCCGCUCAGACAGCUUCUAUUUCGUCGAGAACAGACUGGUCAUGCACAACAAGGCAGACUAUGCUUAUAACGGAGGACAGUGAUAUCUGCCUGCUAGCGCGCAGACACACACACACAAACAUGUGCAUGCACACACAUACUCACAUUAAUGGAUGUACAUAAACACAUGCAUCCACAUGGCUGAACAAGCAGACAGUUCUUUCUCUCAUACGUUCGCAAGCAGCUACAGACACAGUUGAAUUGCCUCAUGUGUUUGUGAAGAUGAGUUGCCAUUCAUUGCGAUCAUUUUCAGGGGGGUGUAUUUUAUAUUGCAGGAGGUCAAUAUCAGUCUCUGCUCUGAUGUCCAAAGAGGAAGCCUCUGUCAUAAAAGGUUCAAAGUGGGUUAAUUUAUCUCUUUUUAAUGACGGUCAGGUCUGUUUUUACACCAAGCGAGGACUCAUAACUCUAGUGGCUGUGUGACGUGUGUCUCAAACAGACCAAAUUUUUAUUAGAUAGAUGGUUAGGCUCCUCUUAGCAGUUUUUAAAAGUGUCCUACCACCCCCUCAACACACACACACACACAUACAUACAUAUGUACACACACACACACACUCAAUCCCCAAGUGACACACAUAGUGUUCACGCAGUGUUUGUCAGAAGCAGCUGUUCUCAGAGCUACCGCCUCCACAAUCCACUCCAGACAAUAUCGGGGGAGAAAGAGAGAAACCAUCCACAAAAACACUCCUGUCAAACACACAUGGUCACUGCGGCGAUCCCCUCCCCAUCUCCCUCUCCUCUCUCGCUUUCACACACACACACACACACACACACACACACACACACACACACACACUAAUAGUACUGUCUAAGAUUUUGAUCAAAGGUCUCUAAAAGGAUUACACUUUACAGUUGUCUAUUUAACAGUUUUCAAUGGUUGAUAGCAACAAGGAAAUAGAUCAGGUAACGGUUAACUACGAUGUAACUCUGACCUUGGACAACAACCAAACAAAAGACGAUAACCUCGUAAAAUGAACACAAUCAAAAAUGAGAAGUACUCAAGUAGAAAAUACUCAUAAGUUUGGACAGGAGCAGAAAUGAUCUGAUAUUAUGAUGCAUGUGAUGAUAUAAACAAAAAAGGGAAAAGAUUAGUAAGAAAUGAUCAGGUAGUCAGUGUGGGAAAAAAUUUUAAAGAAGUGUUCUGGGUCCUUCUUUCUCAUCUGAGUUUAAUUAGCUGUAUUUUUUAAUCAUACCCUUAUCACUCACGUCUUAAAACAUCCAAAUCAAGUUGGACUGUCUAUGUCUGGACAUUGAGUGGUCUUUCUUCUAGCUAGGUAGUGUACUUCCUCUUUGUACUUUGUAAACCUUUGGUGUUCAGGGUUAAAGGUGGUGUUUGUAAGAAAAAAAAAUGUAUAUUAAUAGUUUGUAAAAAGUGUUAUAAUAAAUGUACAUUUUCAGAUA